AUGCCUGCGCAACGUGCUCGUGGUAGUCCCAAGAAACAGAAGACAAAGUGUAAAGCUGCGGAUUCUGAUCUUGGGAAGACACUCGUUGAAGGGAAAGCAAAGCGGUCACGAUCACAGGCUGACACAUCACUACCAGUAAAGCCCCCACAGUCAAUCCCUGACUUGGACGUGGCUGACAACUCGAACCUUCGACAUACUAAUCGUGCAGGUGCUGGGAAGGGGGGUAGGAAUAGUCAGCUUGAGAGAAUUGGUGCCUUGUUGGAUGUGCCUGGGCGGGCAACCAAACCCAAAGGCUCAACCACCCUUGAUUCAAAUGCUCCUGUGAACCCUCUCGCUCCAAUACCACCUAGCAAGGGUCGCAGGAGUCGCUCAAAGGCUCCUCCACCAUAUAGCACCUCCCAGCCAGUGGUAGAUUCCAGCGCUCUACCUUCAAGAAAACAAGGCAAAAAAGCCAAGAACAUUGCUGCCUCCAGCGUCGAGGCACCCAAUCAACCAAGCUUUGUACAACACGACGAUGGUGAACGUUUCGGGUUCUGUCCACCUAUCGUCCCUUCUCGCACGGAGCAAGUUCUCAAUACCUCCUCAAUCACUGCCAAGAGCGCUGGUCAGAAGCCCGCCACUACUUGCAUUAACAUUUUGUUGCAACCAGAUCUUUUGAAGACGACCUCAAUCCUUCUCUCCGGCCAAUUCGUCAGGAAGCACAAGGUGAAUCUAGUCAUCGCGGCGCCUCCCUCCCGUUGUCCUGCAUGA